AUUUCAAAGAUUUUCAGCUUUAUUUUUAUAUUCCUCACCUAUUUUAUUGAUACAUUUAUUCAGCAUGGCAGGCGUUGCUACAGUUCAAAGGGUUACCGGAUGGUGGAUCCCCUUCCUCCACACAGUGUUCGCAUCGACCGCCUUUCUCGGAGCACUGGUGAUCGGGUGGAAUCUUUACUACUUCAAAAUCGUCAAGAACGAGCACUACGGCUACCCGCAAGAAUGGUUCCCUUCGGUCUCGGCGACCAUAGGCGAUCGCUACCAAGGCCGGAGCUUCUUCCAAAUUUUCAUCGCACUUACCAGCCCCUCACGCCUGCUCCUCCAUGUCUUCUGGUACGUCCUCCUAGCGCGCGCAGUGCCCAGAAAGGCCAAGGCGCUCUUCUGGGUCGGCUUCCUGCGCACAUGGACAUGCGGUGGCUGGGUCUACGUGACGUCUGGCGAUGACCACGAUGUGCACGACAUCAUGAUGAUCUUGUACAUGCUCCUGACUGUGCCGUACAUGAUCCUAUUGGUCAAAUCGUGCGACAAGUCAAUGUUCACUCAUAGCGCUCGGGCUUUGGCUUUGAAUAAGACUAGGCGCAGGUGGGUGAGCGCGCUAUUCUUUGGGUCCAUUCCGCCGAUGAUCUACUUUUUCAUCAACCACAAGGUUCACAAGGUUCCUGGCGCAUAUACUACGUAUGCGUUCUUUGAGUGGGCGCUUAUCGUGUUCGAUGUCAUGUUCGACUCACUGGCUAUGGUCGAGUUCAAGGCCCUGGAUCUGGCCAUCAUCCCGAACAAGGCGGACGGGCUGCGCAGCUGAGCAUACAAGUAUAUACAUAUGUGAACAUGCGAGAGCGGGCACGGGCUGGCAGACAGACAAGUUGCACUUGUCUAUUGUGCAAUCAUUGUUCCAUUUUUGACUUAUCGAAAAUAAAUAAACAAGCAAACAAUUAUUAAAUUGUAA